UCAACGGUUGCUGCAGGGAGACAGCGUGAGCAGCAAGCAGCCAGGCGUGUGGCAGUGGCCACCGCCAUGGACAGCCAAUCCCCGGCCAAUGCCCGCUCGUGCCUCGCUUUUAAAAGCACGCCGUGCACCCCUCCGAGCUUCCUUGGACUCGCCUCCACAUUCCGCUCGCCUCGCUCCCUCGUUCCUCUACUGCAGCACACUAACGCCAUGGAUGGACGACGGAAGCUCCCCGCUACCUCCAAAUCCCUGUCCUCAGUAGUCGAUUGCUUAAAUUGAGUUUGCCGUAACCUUCCCCUCGCCACGUCGAUCCGUUCGAACCCUUCCUCGAGCGCAGCCAUGACCGGCGAUGCCCGCGCCAUCGCCGCAGCAGGCUGCCACCGCGGGCUCGCGUGGACAGGCCACCUGGGGCUGCCGCCGGCCCAGCCAACUCCUUGGCUGGGCGCGCCCUCCACCAGGGACGGCUCGGCUGGCCCCGCCGCGCUCGGCCGACGCCGGCGAGCCCCGGCAAGGCAAGGCCGAUCCCCUUUCCCCUGUACGUUCCAAGGAAGAAGACGAUGGACCAAUCUGCAAAUUCCAGAACAGCAGGGGGGACCGAGAGAUGAUGAUCGAGCCAGUGAUGUGGUGCCACCCACAAGAUGCAGUUGGUGGACGACCUGAAGAGUGAUGGACUUAACCAGUGGAUGCUCGCCAAGCGAGUACCUCCGCCCAGCAAACACUAUCUAAGUGUUAAAUCAAAG